AGAGCAGCACCGCUUUUCCAACCCAUUUCCCUCGCCAGGCCAGCGAGAUCACCUGCCUCCUCUCCAUGCGGCUCCGACCAAAACCCCCGACCCGAAGCCGCGGGGCCGCCGCUAGGGUUUCCGGCGCCGGCGUCCAUCCUCCCCCGCCGCCGCCCAUGGCGCGGGGCGGGUACGGGAGGCGCAAGGUGACGCCGAACCUGGCGGCGGACCGGGAGGGCACGCGGCUGCUCAACCUCACCGUGCUGCGCCGCCUCGACCCCGCCGUCGCCGACAUCCUCAUCACCGCCGCGCACGUCACCGCCUACACCUUCGACACGACCAACACCCAAUGGAGCCGGAAGGGCGUGGAGGGGUCGCUCUUCGUCGUCAAGAGGAACACCCAACCCAGAUUCCAAUUUGUCAUCAUGAAUCGUCGAAAUAUAGAAAACCUGGUUGAAGAUCUCUUGAGCAGUUUUGAAUACCAGGUGCAAAAUCCUUACAUAAUAUACAGAAAUGCUGCAGACGAAGUUACUGGAAUUUGGUUCUAUGAUCCUGAGGAAUGUGAAGAAGUGGCACAACUUUUCAGUAGGAUACAUAAUGCAUUUUCCAGGGCGUCCCCAAAGGAAAUAGUUUCUGCAACUAAAAGGACACAUAAUGCAUUUUCCAGGGCAUCCCCAAAGGAAAUAGUUUCUGCAUCUAAAAGUUUCAGUGAUUUUGAAGAGGUGGAAGUUGCAUCUUCUGUUUCUUCGUCUGAAGAUACGCAAGAGCAGCCAACAUCAUCUAGCAUGGUACCCAAUGAUGCUGGACAUAAUAUAUUGUCAGCUUUGUUAAAGGCAGCUGCAUGCGUUGGUGCACCCACGGGUGCAACAGAUCCAGUACAGUCAAAUCAAGCUAUCAGGGCGGUUACUUAUUCUAGGCAGCAUAGUCCUGUUUCAUCACAGUCUCCUGCCCUGCAUGAUCUGCUUCCUUCACGAACAUCAUCGGCUACCGUGGUGCCCCCAGAUGCUCAUGUAUCCACCAGUGCUCGUACUACUCAACCUUCUAAUCUUACAGAACAAUUACUCUUUCCUCAGAUUCCCAUCCCAUUUUCGCAACCAACAACAGCCGAUGCUGCUUUUGCAUCCUCUGCUCCGCCUCCACUUCAUCCUCCUUUUGGCAUUCAGCACCGGCAGAGUACUCCUUUGCACCAGCCCCUUCCAUUAUCCUCUGCUCCUCCACUUCAUCCUCAGCACCAGCAGAGUGCUCGCUUGCUCCAGCUCUUUCCACAAUCCACUGUCCCCGCUCCACUUCAUCAUCAGCACCAGCAAAGUGAUCCCUUGCUACAGCCCUUUCGACAAUCCCCUGCCCCCCCUCCACUUCAUCCUCAGCACCGGCAAAGUGAUCCCUUGAUACAGCCCUUUCGACAAUCCCCUGCCCCCCCUCCACUUCAUCCUCAGCACCGGCAUACACCCUUGGCCCAGCCCUUUGCACUAUCCUCUGCUCCUCCACUUCGACCUCAGCACGGGCAGACUGGUCCCUUGGCCCAGCCCUUUGCACUAUCCUCUGCUCCUCCACUUCGACCUCAGCGCCAGCAGAGCGCUCCCUUGCUCCAGCACUUUGCACAACCCACUGCCCCCCCUCCACUUCAUCCUCAGCACCAGCAGAGCGAUCCCUUGCUCCAGCCCUUUCCACAAUGCAGUGUUCCCCCUCCACCAUAUGGCGCACUGUUACUUCAGCCAUUGCCACCGCCUAAUCCUUCCCCGCUGCUUGCCCCGACAGCGUCGCAUGGCCCAAUACUUUCAAGAGACAGAGUCAGGGAUGCGUUGCUGAACCUUGUGCAGAACGAAGAUUUCAUCGAUAUGUUCUACUGGGAGCUUAUAAAAGGGAAGCGGUAGCCUUGAAGUUGAGAAGACGGACAUGUCUAUGACAGGCUUGGUUUCACUUGCGUUUCAGGUGGCGCGUUUUGUCAAAGCCUGCACAGAUUGAUGUGUACCUUGUAGAGGCUAACAUAGUUUUAGACAGCAGCGUCGAGUACUCUUUUUUAGCUGUAAUCUUGGUGCGGAAAACGAAGUGUGGCUCCGGAUAUCUGAGAUUGUAUAUCCUACCCGCUGACCAACUGGAUCAGUUUAGUACGUAGAUGCAUCUGCUAUGAAUAUAUGUACUACAGUAGAAGUGCUUGAACGAUCACUAAAAUCAACAUGCUACAGACUACAAAAACAAGAGUAGACAUCUGAUCAAUCAACAUGCUACUCUAGUUGAAGCUGCAA